AGGACUUUGAAAGCAGAGUGAGUGGAGUGGGUCACUCGGGGAAGCUUCCCCCAACAUUUUAGGGGCUGUGGAGGCGCGGGAAUAUGGCGGACAGUUUGUUGGGUCCCUCUUCCCUUUUGUGUAAAACACUCUGUCAUCUUUCCCAUUUUUUCCCCUAUAGACCUUCUCUUCCUCCUCCCAUGGCUGCGCUUCGCUCCUCACCCACCCACCAACAUUGUUGCCGUUGCGCCUCAAACUCAAACCCUAACCAGCCCUCAUUGCUCGUCUUCUCAGGUGGGACUGCGUUUAACGGUGUGGUGGAAGAGCUUAAGAGUUUCACGACUCGGGUUGCGCAUGUUCUCCCUGUUUCCGAUGAUGGAGGAAGUACUGCUGAGAUUGUUCGUGUCCUUGGUGGUCCGGCUGUUGGAGACAUACGGUCAAGGUGCUUGAGAUUGUCUGAUCAAAGUACUGCUGAGGCGCUUGCUGUCCGAAGAUUGCUGGGUCACCGUUUACCACUUGAUGCGCAACAAGCCAAAUCAGAAUGGUAUACUAUUGUGGAAGGAGAAAAUUUUCUAUGGAAUGGUGUGUCAAAACCCUACAGGGAGACAAUUCGAGCUUUCUUGGCUUACUUUCAGAAUCAGAUUCUCCGGCGGUCUGAUGGAUCAUUUUGUUUCAGUAAUGGCAGCAUUGGGAAUUUCUUCUUUGCAGGAGCACGCAUAUUUUUUCAGUCUUUAGAUGCUGCAAUAUUUUUGUUUUCACGUGUUUCAGAUAUUCCUUCAGAAAGUAUGGUCCUCCCAGUGAUAUCAACAAACGACAGGCUUACAUUAGGAUGUGAAUUAUGGGAUGGGACUAUAAUUCGAGGUCAGAAUGAAAUUUCUCAUCCAACUUAUGGAUCCAUGGAACCUAUAAAUAAGGGAAGAUCUUCAGUUCCAGCGCUUCCUUCAAGAAUAAAGAGGGUGUUCUACAUCUCAAGUGAGGGCAGUAAUUUGCUGCAUGAGGUCUUCCCCACAGCAAACCCAGCUGUCCUGGAGCAGUUGAGUAGUGUGGACUGUAUUGUUUAUGCUAUGGGAUCUCUCUUCACUUCCAGUUGUCCAUCAUUGGUAUUACUAGGCAUUGGGGAGAUUAUUUCUUCAAGGUCCUGCCGCAAGGUACUUUUGUUAAAUGGUACAAAUGAUCGAGAAACCAGUGAUUUCUCAGCAUCUUGCUUCGUAACUGCAAUUACAAAUGCUCUGAAUCGAACAUAUGGAGAUCCUCAGAAUUGUCUAAAAAACCUUCCAAGCCAGUACAUUAAUACACUUUUGGUCCCCAAAGAUGGUGAAAUUCCUGUUGAUGUUCAAUCCUUGGCCGCCCAAGGAAUCUUUGAUGUGGAUAAGACGUUAAUGCUUUAUUCGGAGUUACUAUGGUGAGGGCAUGUUCCUGAAAUUUUUCUUUAAACUAGCUCUGGAUUGCUGAAGUUCCCCAGUGAGGCUAAUUUGGCACCUCUGAUCAAAAUGCUAGUUUUAAAUAUUUCUGGUGCCAGAAGAAUUGCCUGAUGAGGUUGAAAUUUAACAGCUCGAACUUGAAAGGCAGCCGGGCAGGAUUUCUUAUGGUGUUAUUAUUUUUAGGUGCUCUGUAUUCAGAAGAAUUUUAGUAUUGCCUCAAUAAGUAUUAGUAGCCUUAAGCAGAGAACACUAUGUUUUAUCAUUUGGAUAUGGUUACUUGACUUGAUGAUGGCAAUCUGCUUUAUUUGUGAACCUAGAUUCUUCUAAAACAAAUUGACU